UAUAUUAAUUAUUUCUAUUUAUCUAUUUAUUUAUUAACCGCCCGUAGUGAUAAGAUGAGGGGGGUAUGAAUAGGCAGGCUUAGUGUAGCGAUGAUACCGUGUAAAAGUAGGAAAUUGAAGUGAAAAUUAUAACGAAGAAAAUGAAUUGCUAAGCGUUUCAUAUGGUGGGAAGAGGAGCCACAGCAACGAGAGGGUAAGGCUGCUGCACAUGGCAGGGAGAUCCAAAACGUUGUUAUUCAGAUCUCAGGUAGGGAGGGUACGUCAGGGGUAAAACAUCGACACCUCGACCUGGUCCACGUCUGUGUUGAAGGAAGUUACUGUAAUGUUGUUUGUCGAGUAGAGUCCGUUUGCAGUUUUUUUUGUCAGUUACUUUUGUUGUUUCAAUUUGUUCGAGAUGUCCAAUUAGUUGGUAUAUUGUGCGACCUGAGGGCUUGGGAAGUACCCAGCCCUGGGAUGACUGGCUAGCCGGCCUUGCCCCGAAGAAAACAAAGGUUCGUAACAACGUGAAGCCCCCGAGUACGGAUCAGGGAUGCUGACCAAUGCCUUGCGCGGCUAUCCUUUGGUGGGCGAGCGGAUGAAAGUACCGGAAGGUUACAAGGGCCUAGUCCUGCAGGAGACGGAGAAGGCUUUGAGCGAGUCUGCUGACCGUCAAUUGCGCCUCACCGGUGUUUUUGACGAGUUCACCUACUGGAACUACGAUAAAGUCCCCUCAAACGGCGAUCCCUUCAGACAAGCCAUGCUUAUGGCAGAUAUGGCCAAGGCGCUGUCCGAACCCAUAAGCGAUUUGGAGAUUUGGAGGCAGAAAUUAGACGAAACCUGGAAAGCUAAAAGGAAAACGAUUCCUAGCUCUUUAGCGUGCUUACAGCGUUUAUUAUAUAAUAUUCUAAAAGCUAAUCAAAUAUAAUCUUAACAUUUCAUACUUUUUAGUCUUAAAUUUAUAUAAGAUUUCAAAUAUAAAUACGUUUAGUAUCA